AUAUAUUAUGCACCUUGGCGCGCACUUAUGUUGCAUUUUGGAGGCCAAGAUGACUGAAGCUAAGCUAAAUAUUUUCGUCAAUAACAAACUCCCAUCAUGGGUCUCGGCUCAUAAUUUUGCUAUGAUUAACGAUGGGAGGAUUGCUAUCUUAUGGAACCCCAAUUCUGUCAUACCUAUGCAUAUGCUAUGAAUGACCUCCUACAGUUUAGACUGAAUAACGAUCUUCUUGAUGCUAAGGCUACUGGUUUGCAAAUUAUGAAUAAAGGGAAUAAAGGGGAACAAGUGGGCUAAGAUUGAUAGGGUAUUGAUAAAUUAUGAAUGGGAUCUUCUCCGUUGGGAAUGCCGGGCUGAUUUCAAACCGAUGGAGUUCCAAUCAGAUCACUGCCCUGUCGUUUUGAACCUCAUCCAGAACAGCACCCAAGGACCUAAACCAUUCAUGUUUUUUAAUAUGUGGAUGCAGCAUGACUCCUUUGACAGAUUGUUGUCGCAGAUUUGGGACUGCAGAAUUACAGGAACAAGGCAAUUCAGUCGAUGCAGAAAACUCAAACUCUUGAAGCAACCAUUGAGACAACUUAAUAAGAAGGACUUUGGACAUAUUUUAAUCAGAGCUGAGGAUGCCAGGAAAGCCUACUCUAAUCUUAUGGCUAGACUUGUGAAUGAACCUGAUAACCCUGCCCCAUCGGAUGAAUCUGCCAACCUAAGGAAAAGGGCUUCUUUUUACUGUGAUGCUGAAAGAGCCUUUUUUCUACAGAAAGUCAAAUGCAACUUCAUUAAUGAGGGUGAUAAAUGCAGCAAGUUCUUCCAUGCUCUGAUGAAAAAGCAGAAUGCGGUGAACUCUAUCCCCUUUCUCAUCACUACCCAAGGGACAACUACAACCUCCCUCGAAUCCAUAGUGGAGGAAUUUUUAGCACAUUAUGGCAAUAUUUUUGGGAACACCGUGCCAACAUCUCCCAUUGACUGGAAUGUUUUUAGGGAGGGCCCCCUUGUUCAACACUUUGAAGCACAGAAUCUGAUCAGACCAGUCGAGAAACUUGAAGUGAAGGAAGCACUCUUCAAGGAAACAUUGACUCUGUUACCGUCCUGGCUAAUGCAAUUAGGAACUUCUCCCAAGUUUCUGGAAUCUGGAUUGUAUGUUAAUCCUCAGAAGUCCAACAUCUUCUUAGCCGGGGAAAUCAAGGAUAAAAAGCAUGAGUUACUGUCCUUGGUUUCUUUCCCUGAGGGUAAACUCCCUGUCAGAUACUUGGGACUCCCCUUGACCUCCCAAAGAGCCUCGAAGAGAGAUUUUGCUCCCCUUAUUGCUAAAGUGGAUGAGAACAUUAGGAAAUGGAAUACCAAAUCUUUGUCUGCACCUGGGAGAUUGGAACUGAUCAGAAGUGUCGUUCAAGGGAUUGAGGGGUUUUGGUUUCAGGCAUUCCCCAUACAUAAAACUGUAUUGGACCGAAUCACAACCUUAUAUAGAAAUUUCUUGUGGGGAGGUAAGUUCUGUAAGGAGGCUUGGGUUGAUAUCUGUAAACCUAAGGAUGAAGGGGGCCUGGGGCUGAGAGAUUCAACAUCAUGGAACCAAGCUCUUUUGGCAAAAAACCUCUGGAAUAUUGCUUCAAAGAAAGAAACUUUGUGGGUACAAUGGGUGCAUUCAUUUUAUCUUAAGGGCAAUGACUUCUGGACCUGGACACCUAGGAAAAAGGACUCCCACUUUUUCAAAAAAAUUUCUGAUGUUAGGGAUUCCCUUCUGCAAAAGUGUGGCGACAGAUUCAUGAUUGAAAACAACUUAUGUGACUUGGGUGAUAUGAAAGCUACCAAGGUCUAUGAGUUACUGAGGUCCAAAUCUAACACAAGACCUUGGAUAAGCAAUUUGGAAACCCUAUAUCCCCCCUAGGUAUUCAUUCACUGUUUGGCUUGCCUUUCGUGGGAGACUCCCUACGAAAAUGAACCUCCAUUUCAUUCCCAUGGACAACAGGAGAUGUGAGCUCUGUCAUAAUGAAGAUGAAUCUGCCCAGCACUUGUUCUUCCUUUGUGAGACCACUGCCCUCAUUUGGGAUGCCAUUAAAAAUUGGCUUAAGAUUACACCUCCCUUAACUACACUGGAGAGGGCCAUUACUUGGGUAAGAAGGCAACGGAACAACCAUUGUGCUAGAAGAAAAUUGUUGAGGCUGGCCAUUAUGUGUACAGUUUAUACCAUUUGGAGAAGCAUAAAUGGGUGCUACUUUGAUAAUGAAUCCAUUAAUAUUGAUACCAUCACCAGCAAAAUCAAAGUGGGAGUAUAUAAGGUGAUGAAUAGAAUAUACCCCCAGGAGGUUGUGGACCUGUGAUUCAAUCAUGGGGUGGUUUUCAUCGUGUUGCUACCCAUGUGAUCUUUUGGAUUCUGUUACCCAGAACUAGGGUAAAUUCUUCUUAGAGAUUACCCUAGGACUAAGGAUUGUGAUCUUUCCCCUUACCUCCAAUGAUAACUUUGUGUUUGAGGAGUUAGGAAAUGGAGAUAACUUUGGUGAUCAUGUGUGGGCAUUACAGUAAACUCCAGAUCCUUGGUUUGGGGCUGGAAACAGUAUAAACAAUAGGCAUCCAUCUUUUGGAUUCCUAAGGUUUUAACUGGGUCCUGGCUGUGGCGAUAUGGGGCGGUUGGGACAGUUUCUUUUUCUGAGAGGGUUGUCCCUCGGGGUUGGGUUGACCUUAAUGACUAUGUCUGUUGACAUUGACAUUGGGGCGGUGGAAACGAUGUUACCUCUUUAUACCCCUUCUGGUUACAAAAAGGUACCGUUGGGUCCCAGUUGGG